GUCACCGUCCUUGUGUCUCGGAGCCAUGCAGCCCACGACGGCUGACUUGCAGCUCGUCCCCAGGGCCACAAAGCCAGUCCCAGCCGCAGACUCGGUGUGCUGUCGCGGGGCUGUCACCGCAGUGGUGGCCUCCAGCACAAUCGUCCUUGCCCUGGGAGUCCUUUUGGCCCUCCUCUCCACGCAGGGCGUCCAGGUGGAGCACAACGCAGAACUCCUCGGGAUCCGCUUCUCCCGCGCGCUGCAGCGCCACACCUCAGGUUACCACCGCGCUCUCACCGCAGCUCUGGAGACUCUGUUUCUAAGUAGUUUCCAGAAGACGGAGUUAGAAACAAGCUGCGUGGGCUGCACCGUUCUCAGUUACAGGGAAGGGAAUUCCAGCGUCCUGGUGCAUUUCCGGCUGCACUUUUUGCUCCGAGCCCUGCAGUCACUGAGUCUGGACCUGGAGGAGGAAUUACUGCAGCGGGGCAUCCGAGAGAAGCUGCGAGAAAGCAGCAUCUCGCUGGCUGCCUAUGGCACCAUUGUGUCAGCCGAGCUCACAGGAAGCCAGAAAGGACCAGGGACAGACAGGGACCUAAAAUCAGGCCAAUGUCCCGAGGACUCCUUCUUCUGCCUCAACAGCCAGUGCGUGACCAAAGUGAACCCCGAGUGUGACGACCAGGCCGACUGCUCUGAUGGCUCAGACGAGGAGCUCUGCGACUGCGGCCUUCGGCCGGCCUGGAGAACUGCUGGCCGGAUCGUGGGCGGUAUGGAGGCAGCCCCGGGCGAGUUCCCCUGGCAAGUCAGCCUGCGCGAGCACAGCGAACACUUUUGCGGGGCCACCAUCGUGGGCGCCCGGUGGCUGGUGUCUGCCGCCCACUGUUUCAACGAGGGAGGAAGGAGCCGAGGGGGCGCUGGGGCACUCGCCGCUCGCUGCCUGCUUCGUGCCUUCGCCGCUUCUUCUAGGAAACUGAGUUUUGGGAAGAGACUCUCUUCAGCCUUCUGUCCCAGAGUGGCUGCUGGAGUGCCAGUGCUUUCAUCUUACUUUUCUCUCCCCAUCACGGUAGUUAUCAAGCCAGAGGUGCUGCAGAAAGCCACCGUGGAGCUGCUGGACCAGGCCGUGUGCGCCAGACUGUAUGGCCACUCCCUUACCGAUAGGAUGUUAUGUGCUGGCUACCUGGAUGGAAAGGUGGACUCCUGCCAGGGUGACUCAGGAGGCCCCCUGGUCUGUGAGGAGCCCUCGGGCAGGUUCUUCCUGGCAGGCAUCGUGAGCUGGGGCAUUGGCUGUGCAGAAGCCCGGCGCCCGGGGGUCUAUGCCCGGGUCACCAGGCUGCGGGACUGGAUCCUGGAGGUCACCAGCACGGCCAGCUCACUUCUGGCCCCCACUGUGGCUCCCAGCCCUGCCACUGCCAGCACCACCAGGUUCACCAGCCCUGAUACCCCUGCCAAAGCCACGCCUUCACCCAGCACUACUGCCCUCAACUCUGUCACCGCAGCCGAGACUCAAGAGUGCGGGGCCAGGCCCGCCAUGGGGAAGCCCAUCCGCAUCGUCGGUGGGACUGGGGCCAUGUCUGGGGAGGUGCCCUGGCAGGCCAGCCUGAAGGAAGGGACCAGGCACUUCUGUGGAGCCACCGUGGUGGGCGACCGCUGGCUGCUCUCUGCCGCCCACUGCUUCAACCACACACGGGCGGAGCAGGUGCAGGCCCACCUGGGCACCGCGUCCCUCCUGGGCACUGGCGGGAGCCCCGUGAAGCUGGGCCUGCGGCGGGGGGCCCUCCAUCCACGCUACAACCCCGGGACCCUGGACUUUGAUGUGGCCGUGCUGGAGCUGGCCAGGCCCCUGGCCUUCAGCAAGUACAUCCAGCCCGUCUGCCUCCCACUGGCCAUCCAGAAGUUCCCUGUGGGCCGCAAGUGCAUGAUCUCGGGCUGGGGCAGCACACAGGAAGGGAACGCCACCAAGCCUGAUGUUCUGCAGAGGGCAUCCGUGGGCAUCGUGGACCAGAAAACCUGCAGCGUGCUCUACAACUUCUCUCUCACCGACCGCAUGCUCUGUGCCGGCUUCCUGGAGGGCAGGGUGGACUCUUGCCAGGGUGACUCGGGGGGCCCCCUGGCCUGUGAGGAGACCCCUGGAGUGUUCUACCUGGCGGGCAUCGUGAGCUGGGGCGUUGGCUGUGCCCAGGUCAAGAAGCCUGGUGUGUAUGCGCGCAUCACCAGGCUGAAGGGCUGGGUCCUGGAUGUCAUGUCCUUGGGGACCCUACCCACGUCACGCCCAUCCACCAGGAGGACGUCAGCCCCCACCGGCCACUCCCCCAGGUCAACCAGCCUCACGGCCCCGGGGGUCACCAUCAGCCGGGCGACUGUCCCACCUGUCACCACCACUGUGCCUGCUGUGGGCGCCACCACCAGGGGGCAGACGCCACCUCCUGGUGCCCCAGAGACCAACACGCGCUCCCAGCUGCCAGACUGCGGCCUGGCACCUUUUUCGGGCCGUGGGGAGUGGCCAUGGCAGGUGAGCCUGUGGCUGCGGCGCCGGGAGCACCGCUGUGGGGCUGUGCUGGUGGCGGAGAGGUGGCUGCUGUCAGCCGCGCACUGCUUCGAUGUCUACGGGGACCCGCAGCAGUGGGUCGCCUUCUUGGGCACUCCGUUACUGAGCGGCGCCGAGGGCCAGCUGGAGCGCGUGGCGCGCAUCUACAAACACCCGUUCUACAACCUUUACACGCUGGACUACGAUGUGGCGCUGCUCGAGCUGGCUGGGCCUGUACGCUGCAGCCGCCUGGUGCACCCCAUCUGCCUGCCAGGCCCCGCGCCGCGGCCACCAGAAGGCGCGCGCUGUGUGAUCACCGGCUGGGGCUCUGUGCGCGAGGGAGGCUCCAUGGCGCACCAGCUGCAGAAGGCGGCCGUGCGUCUCCUCAGCGAGCAGACUUGCCGUCGUUUCUACCCGGUGCAGAUCAGCAGCCGCAUGCUGUGCGCCGGCUUCCCCCAGGGCGGCGUGGACAGCUGCUCGGGGGACGCUGGAGGACCGCUGGCCUGCAGGGAGCCUUCUGGCCGUUGGGUGCUAACUGGGGUCACCAGCUGGGGCUACGGCUGUGGCCGGCCCCACUUCCCAGGUGUCUACACUCGGGUGGCGGCCGUGAGAGGCUGGAUAAGCCAGCACAUCCAGGAGUAACGGCUGCAUGGCUGCCCAAAGGACAGCAGGGGCUACAGGACACGCCAUGUGCCAGGGUUGUCCAGGGUGAAGGCAGGUGGUGGGG